CUGCGGCCGCGGGCUCUGCGCAUGCCUGGGAGGGCGGGGCGGCUUCCAGCUCCCGGCAGGAAGGCGAGAGCAGGUGAUGUGGGCGCCGGCGGGGGUAUUUGCCGGCUACACAGAGCGUGGGCCGGAAGUGGAGGAGCCGAGAGCGGCACCGCAGGAGCUCCGGGCUACAUUGUGGCGACGGCGGCGGCCCCUCGGCUGGAGGAGGACGAUGAGGAGCGACGGAAGCGGCGCGGGGGGACGCUUCUGCGCGGCGCCGGGUUCCGAGUCCGCGGCCGACUGCGCAGCCUGCGAGCAGGUCUAAGACGCUUACGGAGAGCCACAAUGGAAAAGUCCUGGAUGCUGUGGAACUUUGUUGAAAGAUGGCUAAUAACUUUGGCUUCAUGGUCUUGGGCUCUCUGCCGUAUUUCUCUUUUACCUUUAAUAGUGACUUUCCAUCUGUAUGGAGGCAUUAUCUUACUUUUGUUAAUAUUCAUAUCAAUAGCAGGUAUUCUCUAUAAAUUCCAGGAUGUAUUGCUUUAUUUCCCAGAACAGCCAUCUUCUUCACGCCUUUAUGUUCCCAUGCCAACUGGUAUUCCACAUGAAAACAUUUUCAUCAGAACCAAAGAUGGAGUGCGUCUAAAUCUUAUUUUGAUAAGAUACACUGGAGACAAUUCGCCCUAUUCCCCAACUAUAAUUUAUUUUCAUGGGAAUGCAGGCAACAUAGGUCACAGGUUACCGAACGCAUUGCUUAUGUUGGUUAACCUCAAAGUUAAUCUUUUGCUUGUUGAUUAUCGAGGAUAUGGAAAAAGUGAAGGAGAAGCAAGUGAAGAAGGACUCUACCUAGAUUCUGAGGCUGUGCUAGACUACGUGAUGACCAGACCUGACCUUGACAAAACAAAAAUUUUUCUUUUUGGCCGUUCCUUGGGAGGGGCAGUAGCUAUUCAUUUGGCCUCUGAAAAUUCACAUAGGAUUUCAGCCAUUAUGGUGGAGAACACAUUUUUAAGCAUACCGCAUAUGGCCAGCACUUUAUUUUCAUUCUUUCCAAUGCGUUACCUUCCUUUAUGGUGCUACAAAAAUAAAUUUUUGUCCUACAGAAAAAUCUCUCAGUGCAGAAUGCCUUCUCUUUUCAUCUCUGGACUCUCUGACCAAUUAAUCCCACCAGUAAUGAUGAAGCAACUUUAUGAACUCUCCCCAUCUCGGACUAAGAGAUUAGCCAUUUUUCCUGAUGGAACUCAUAAUGAUACAUGGCAAUGCCAGGGUUACUUCACUGCCCUUGAACAGUUCAUCAAAGAAGUAAUAAAGAGUCAUUCUCCUGAAGAAAUGGCAAAAACUUCAUCUAAUGUAACAAUUAUAUAAUGUUUUUCUUUUUGAUUAAUGCACUGUAUUUUAAUUUGUGCAGAAUGAUAAAGAAUGUUCUUUUCUAGAAGUGUGUUAUACCUGUACUUGUCUGAAGAGUGACAUUAAACUUUGAAAGGACUUCAGUGCUCCUUUAAAAUGAUCCAAAUAGUUUUUUACAUUUGAAGAACUAUAAUUAUUGGGAUUUCAUACAUUUCCAUCAAACCUUUCAAUAUGGUUAUGUAUCCAUAUCUUUAGUUUAAUAUGCUAUCAUUAUAGCAUAUUAUAUUCAAAAGUUUCUUGUUGCUAAAGGUGUAUAAUCUACGUGACACUUAGAUUAAUGACUAAGUGUGGAAGGAGACAUGUAAACAAGAAACAUUUGGGUAUUAUUCCUUUAGUAAAUAUUGGGACAAUCAUGGUAAGCAAACUUAGUUCUGUAAUUGCAUUUUUCACCUUUAAAAUGAAAUGCAUGAUGGUAUUUUAUUCCUUGACUUAUGCAAUGCAAUGUUUUUAAUGUAAAUACUGGUCAUAUACCAAUGUAUAUGGUAACCUGGGUUAUAUCUAUUUUUAUGUAAACUCUAUUUUGUUUUUAGCAAGAAAUGAAAUUGAGGACUAUGUGGAGGUUGCCAUUGAAUUUUGCUCUGGUGAAUGCUGAGAUCCAGCUUUUUCUUACAGAUAAAUGGGACCCCAUUUUCCAAUAUAAACGUACCGUGUUUUGUUAGGUACAGUCUGGAUCAUGGCAUGUAAAAAUAGAAAUUGAGAAUUUUACUGCAGCUUUGAUGUGCAUAUUUGAACUUUUUAACAUUUGUAAUUUUGGUGGCAAAGAGAAUUUUAGCUUCUGUCGAUUUUGUAAGUCUACAGCUGAACCACUAAUAGCAGUCAUAAUGAAGAUUAGAAUCUUUAAGAAUUAGGAAGUCUUAUCUUUACAUUACUGUACAUACUAUUUUACAAGAAUUCCCACAUUUCGUUUUUAAGUCCAAGUAUCUAGGUAUAUCUGUCCCACUAAAGCCAGGAUAUCAUUUUCUGGACUUUCUGAAAAUAAAAGUUACAAAAACAAAAGUAAAUGAAAACUAUAUUUGGUCUGAUGUUUCAGUUAUGAAAUAGAAGAACUGCAUCAAAAGACAGCUUUAGGAAGUCUUAUUUAUUUUCUACCUGUGAGAAUGUGCGGAUAAAGGAACUUUAGAGCUUUUGAUCACAGAACCUAUGACCACAUUUAACAAUUAAAUGGCUGUAAGUGGGAAGUAGUAUUUAGACAUAUAGAAGAAGGUAAGAAAAAUCUUAUUUUAAAAAGAGCCCCUUAAAACUAACAGGAUUUACCUUAAGAUAUAUAAGCUAAGUUGUUUCAAGCAGUCCUCAAAAAUUAGAUGUAAUUGAGCUCUGUACGUUAUGUCAGCUUUAACAUAUGAUAUUCUGAGUAUUUUAGCUAUAUUGGCUUUGUGCAAGCAGCUAGGGCAGAGAAAUCAUGGGUCAGUAAUCUUGACCUUAAUUGAAACUCUUUCCAUGGAGAUAGGGCUAGAAAUACUUUUGCCAAAUAACAUUCUUAUGAUUCACUUUAUGUCAGUAUUUAGAAAAAAAUUAAUUAUAGCAAGUAUGAUUUCUAAAGGAUAAUGUUUUCUAUAAAUUGUAAAAAAGUCAUGCGUUUUUUAAAAAAAGUUGGAAAUGCGUAUCAUGGAACAUGUAUUUUGUAUUUAUAAAUUCACUACAAUUAAAGGCUACUUUUCAUCUUGUCAAUCAUUGCUAUGUAGAAUGACUAUCCUAAAUAGUAAUGUAUUAACAAGAACGUUAAUACAACAAAAUGUAGUGUAUUUAGACAUGAGCUUACAUGGCACACCUUAGACUUGUAUCAUUCUUUAAAGUUUACAAAGUACCUUAUGUUUUCAUGUGAUGACUUAGUCUAGUACACUGUGGAGGAAUUUAUCAACUUUAGUUAUAAAUAUUAUGCUGAUGAAGUAUAUAAAAAGCUUUUUCUUCAUCAGUGUUUUGUUUUAUGCUGCUUUUUCUUUUUUUUU